CAACUUAAUUGUGCUACUUAGACCUAAAAUCAUAAUUAAGCAGAAAGCAAAAGAGUUUCUCCAAGGUCAUUGCGAUGGCAACUACUAUAGUAGCAGCCAUCCUGCUUAUGGUCUCCACCGCGGCUACCGCGGAGCUUAAAAAUGAGAACAUGAACCCAACAUUAACUGCAUCAGAAGGUGAGAGAGGCUUGAAAGGGUACUGGAAUAAUAAGUGGAAGGUAGGAGAUGAAGGUUUUCAUCUUCACAUUCAACGUCCUCACUUCCCACGUUUAGUAUUUCCCCUUCCAAUUCCAAUUCCGCAUUUACAUACUCAUGAUCAUCAUGUUCAUCAUCCAUCACCACCACCAUCAGUAUCUUCAGCCCAACCACCAGCAUAUAUAUUACCCUAAUUCAGCUUCAAGCAACUUAUUAUUUAUAUAUUUAUAAUAAAUAACUGUUGCUGAAAAGCAUUAAUUUAUAUAUUUAUAUGAUACCAGUUUCUGCUUAUGAGAUGUAAAGUGAUAUAUCUUUCUCGAUGAUCUAUAUCUAGUUGGAAUGAAAUCUACUUAAAUUUUUAUGCA